GCAGCGAAUUGAGGAAGAGGUCAAAUCUAUCUCCAAUUCUCAAACUGUUAACUCGGGUUAUUGCUUGGCGGAUUUUUCUGGUGUCAUACAAAAUUCCUGUCUCCCUGUAUGCACUAGCUGGUUAGAAACAGAACUUGAUCUUUUGAGCAGCAAACCUAACAAGGCACUUGUUUUGCUGAUGGAUGCAAAGUUAAAUGGCGACAAUGCCAUUUUACAGAACAUCAGGAACUCUGGAAAGGAAGAUCUCUAUGCAGAACUGCUGUACUUUCUUAGUUUUGGUUCACUCAGGGAGGGUUGCUCUUAUGACAGUGGCCUGUUUAUGAUCCAUGGAGUUUCCAUACUGGAAGAUUUGGUGAUAACUUUAUCAGAUGGGAUAGUAAGCAUAUAUUUGGAGCUGAUUUCUGUUGAUAGCAAUUUCUCAGAUGAAAUGGAUGGCAUGUCUUUGGCAUUGUGUCCUUUGUCAACACGAGCACUACAAAGAUUACGUAAUGAGGUGGCUUUGUACCAAUGGUUGUAUCAAAAUUUGGAAGCAGUUGCAUCAAUGUAUGAGGAUCGGUUUGACUUAUGGACAUUUGAGAGUCAACUCAUCAAGAAAGCAGACAAUAGCUGGAAUGAAAACUACAGUUGGUGGAAGAGACUCAUCCAUAAAAAAUCUGACACUGCGUCCUCAACAUUAGACCAUGUUUUGAUAAAUAACUUUUCUAUGCCUGUAAAGCGAACAAAAGAACUGAGGGCCCUCACAGGCUGGAGGUACUACUUCAGUUUAUUCCUUGAGUUAUCUGACAUUAGCAUGCCUUUGGUCAGAGCAGUCAUUGAUAAAGUCAGCAAGGCUAUGUCAUUUUUUCUGGUCUGCUUGAUUGGGAGGUCAUUAGGACUCAUUUAUACCGGAAUUAGGCAAUCUCUGCGAUGGAAGUGAUUGACGGUAGCUGAUGUACAAGAUCUGGGUACCAAAGUCGACAAGGCAGGAAGAGAAGUGGAGGAAACAAGAGGAGGAAAGAGAGGCAUGAUUAAAGGGUUGCACCAAAACAGUAAGAGAUUGGAAAUCCAUUAUUUAUCUUGGUGUUUAGUGUUUACAAUAA